GUUAGAUUCCCCGAAAAAAACGACAUCUCCCAGAAUCCCUGGCGGUUGCUCUUUGAUCCCCCCCCCCCAAGCUCUCCCUGGUUGUGUGAGUUGCUGUGUGUGCCAUUCCCCCCAGUAUUACAAUGAGCUGUAUGUGAGUUAAUGGCUGUUACAGAGUGAGAGCUCCCUCUGACCUCACUCACACUCACAGGAGGGUGGGGAAUCCCAGACUGCUGAUUGGUUGUCCCAUGUCUUCCUGACACGCCCCCUCCCUGGGGCUCUGGUUCCCCUGCAUGUUCCUAGUGUGGCCCUGACUGGGUGUCUGCUCACAUACUCAGUGCUGGACAAAUAUGGGAAAGGACAUUGUACUCCUCCUGCUCUCCAUCUACUGCACCCUACAGGGGGGGGUGGGCUUCACCCAGUCUGUAGAUAAUGACUUCACCUUCUCCCUGCCAGCAGGACACAAGGAAUGCUUCUUCCAGCCCAUGAAGAAGGAUGCAACCCUGGAAAUAGAGUACCAGGUAAUCACCCCAAUUCACACCCCACCUCCACUUACAUGGCUCUCACAAAAACAAGAAGAAAAGGGCAAGCACAGGGCUACUCACUUAAGUUUGAAUUGUGAAAGGGAAUAUCACAUUUUGGAUCAGAAUUGGGGGGGAAAUAUACCAGGUCAGUGUUCUAUUUUCAGUUUAGAUGUUUUGGGCAAAAAAAAAAAAAAACUGUGCUUUCAAACCUAUUCUUCAAACUACUAAGGCCUCAGUUUAAUAAACUUUCCAAAUGAUUUAAUAGUGUUGGAAAACUUUCCAAAUGAUUUGUCUACAAAAAUGUCCACAGACUUUUUAGUGGUGACUUCUAUAGAUAAAUGGGUUGGAAGGUCUUUCUAAUAAUGUUAAAUCAUUUGGAAAGCUUAUUAAAUCAAGGUCUAAAAUAGCCAACUCUGAUAUAGUCACGGUUUGUCUAACGAUUGCCAUUUAUGUUUCAAUUUGCUACAGUUUAGUGGGUAACCCUAACUAAAUUCCCAAUGAUUCGCACUUCCAGUAUAGAACUGUGAAGGUAUUUUUUGUUUUUAUGCCCUAGUUGUUGUUAUACAGGGUUAUUCACUUGAGUCAGAAUUCAAAGUCAAAUUUAAUGCCAAGGUAGCCAAACAGGAAGUAGAGCAGGUUUAGAGAAAUUUUCCAGUUUAGUUAUUUUUAUGUUGAAUUUUGAAUUCUUACUUUAGUAAAUAACUCUGUUAUGAUGGAGCUGCUUUUUUUAAAGACUUCAGCUAUUCCUGCCUCAAACAUUAAAACAGGAGAAAUACAAUAUUACUGUUACACCUGUGUACCAAAAUAUAAAAAUACAAAGAUCAAUUCUUAGGAAAGGUUAAACAUUGAUACAGUAUUGUUAUGCUUGCAUAUGGAAGAGUCAGCUUUGUUAAGAGUUCUGGACAACUGAUUCUGCUGUCACUGACGUUUAAAAAAAAUCCUAGUUGGUAUUUCAUUUGCCAUGGUGUAAUCGGAGGACUCAUAAACAUUUAGUGUCCCCUAGCUUGCAUAGCUGUGAGACACUCCUUGCACGUUAUCAUGUAACAUUGUGAAAACUCCCUACUGUCUGGGUCACUGUGAUCUAGGGCUGGGAUGCCUUUCAAAUAAUGUAGUGAAAUGGUUUUCUUAUGUUGUUAGUGGCAUCAGUUGGAAUGUGCGUGUGUGCGUGUGCGUGUGUGUGUGUGUGUGUACAGGAGAAUAGGACGUAUAAGUAAAAUAAUGUAAGUCGAUAAGAACAAAAAGUCGGUUGUGGUAUGCCAAAACCAACAAGAGGUUAGACCUGCAAUAAAGAGGGCCCACCUGGGGAUAUUAAUAUGAAUAAUAAAGGGUGAGGUGGGAGGGGAACAUCCGAAAAUGGCGACGACCGGUAAGUAGGGGUUAUUGGGGGUUUAAAUAGGACAAAUAAUCCCUCCCACAAUUUUUAAGGCAUAUGUCUGCCACUUGUAUACGGGAUAAUAAUAGGACGUAUAAUUAAAAUAAUUUAAUUUGAUAAGAAUAAAAAGUCGGUUGAGGUGUUAGACCUGCAAUAAAGAAUGCAAAAAAUAUGCAAAAAUUUUUAUUUAUAUUUCACAAGUAACAUUUUUUUAGACAUAUUCUAGAAAGCAAGUCUGAUUUCCUUUGCUGGUUUUUGGAAUGUACCUUUUGUAUGCAGAGGAUUUCCAGUGUCCCAUGUCCUUAAUAUGUGUUGGAACAUGAUUACUAGAAGCUGCCGUGCCUGCCCCAAUUCGUAAUGAAUGGCCUGAGAAGGAGACUGGAUUGAGGUCUAGUCUGAGUAAAAGUGUGUAUGUAUAGUAUGAAUUGUUUUGUGGUAAGAGGUUUCCCUUGUAGAGAUUAUAGUGGGUAAUCAGGGUUUUUUAUGAUCUGAUUUUAUUAUUAAAUUGUCAAAUGCUUUGUACUGGACACCAUUUGGAAAAAGUAGGAUAAUAUAUCAUUUUUACAGGGGGGCAUGUCUGGCUAGUUUAGGUAUGAGGGAUCAACACUAUAUAAUGGUCGUUCACUUUUGUGGGGAAUUUGCUUAAGGCAUGACUUAAAGUCGGAUUAUUUUUCCACAGAAUAUUCUUUGGGUCUCAAGAAACCGUAAAAUGCUAAAUAUACGGCUGACUUGAUUACCAGAUUUGUGGAGUCGUAGAAACAGGGGUCAAGUCCUGGGGGAAAAAGUGUUGGAACUCACCCAAGUUUCCCCCCCAUCCCACCCCUAAAAAUAUAAAAAAAUUAUACACGUGUAUGCAUAUAUAAAUGCGUGUGCACACAUACUCCUCACACACACUCACACAUACUCAGACACUCACACACAUACACUCAGACACUCACACACAUACACUCAGACACUCUUACACACACAGACAGACAGACACACACACACACUCAGACACACACAAAUUAUUUAUAUUUGUAACAUUUACAAAUGUCCGCCCAGCCUACCUACCUGGAGAGCUGGCGUGGACCUUUCCCUGGGGUCCAUUGGGGCUUCAGUGAGGCGGGCGGCUGUCUACCGGUCAGACGCGGCGAGGGAGCUGUGUUCUCCCAGCUCUGCUCCCUCACGCUGCGUGGGCGGUCUGCUGAUGCCGGGACUUCAUAUUCCGGCUCCCAGCUCUGACCGAUAGACAGCCACGUCUGACCGGUAGACAGCCGCACACCGGGGGGAGGGGGAGGAUCCAUCAGGUGCCCCCCCAUGACAGGGGGAACACAGGGGGCAUUUGGGGAUGGCAUUUUUUUUGCUGCCCCCUAGUUAGUGCCUGCAGCGUGAAUGCCAUCCUGCUGUGAAAAAAGUGCAAGAACGCCGUUCCCACGCGUUCCUGCAGGACUCUAGCCCUGCAUAGAAAGGUCUUUUGUCUAUUAAUUCAGAGAUUUUCCUAAAGAUGUUACUGUCUAUGGGGAGUCUUUUAAGUUUUUUUUAUUUUAAUUUUUGUCUCUGAAUACCUUUCAGUACACUUUUAACCGGAUAUGAUGGUAUUGUAUGCUAGUUUCAAAGAGAUGUGGCAAAAAGUUGUGAAUGCAACCAUGGUUUCUACAGAAAUUUUUUUUUAUUACAUUAAAGUCAUCCACAAACUUCUUCUUAAACAGAUCAUAUGCUCUAGCGUAAGCUUUCUUAGUGUUAAUCGACAACCCGGCCUGUGUGAGAGAUCUACUGUGUUUUAACAACAGGUUUAAAGUAUGUUAUUUAGGGCCUCCACCCACCGCUCAGGGGUGGGGGCUGGGGUGGGAGGACAAUAGGUCCCCUGCUGCUCAGGGGAGUGGGACACGGGGGAGGACAAUAGGUUCCCCCCCUUUAUUGUUUUUUAGGCAUAGGAUCGGAGUUUCAUUCAUUAGAAUAAAAUUCCGAUCCGAAGUCCCAAAUUGCUUUCGAACAUGAAUGGAGAAACUGUUCUCAUUCUGUUAUGUCGAAAUUCGGUAGUUUCGACUGCGUUCUAAGUGACAGGACGUUUGGGAAUACUGACAGGAAGCAUUGCGAGAUCACAGAAGAAAGGUGAGAAUUGUGGGAAAAUUUUUUGAUCACCGGAAACGGGGCACACUUUUCUCCUCAGCUGGUCAAGCGUAGGAAACUUCCAUAAGACAAAGUAGUUCCUACUUUGUCUUAUGCUGUAAAGAAAACUAGAGCAGACAGGAAGAAAUAAAGAACAGAUACUGACAGAGGGAGAGAAGAGUAAUUGAUUAAAGAAAGGUAAGUUCGUGCAGUAGCCGUUUAACACCGAUAGCCUGCAGACGGACAAGAGAUUAAGAAGAGAUUAAGAAAGCAUAACAGACACAUAGUAGCAGUAAGUGAAAUAUGCAACAAUGUACUUUGCAAAUUCUAGCGUAUGCCUGAAAUAGAAUGCGAAUUUAUGAGAGCCUGAACAGAAAUUAAAUCACCUGUACGUCAGAGAGUACAAACGAACUGCCGAAUGCAGUUAAUACAUGAAUGCAGAGAACGAGUAUAUACGUUUGUGCACAAGUGGAAGUUUUAGCCGAAAGAUUCCCACGAAAUACGUGAACAAAAUGUGAAAACGAAAUCAUUCAAACAAAAGGAAAUUUACAGCGAUAUAUGAUUUACAGUUUAGGCAUGACUAGCCGGGAAAAAAUGUUUGUGUAUUUCAAUACUCACAAAAGCGUACAAAAUGUUUGUAACAAAGCUGGGUUAAUUGCGUCAAAAGCGGAAUGACGUCUGAGGUGUGAGAACCGGAAGGUGUGUGUGUAUAUGUAUAUAUGUGUGUGUGUGUGUAUAUACAUAUAUAUAUAUAUAUAUAUAUAUAUAUAGUGUGUAUAUGUAAUAAGGUGAGAUUUUUGUUCAUUAACAAAGGUACCUACUGAUUUUACGUAGUUAGGCUUCAGUAUAAAAAAAAAACUUAGUUUCAAGAUGUUCCUUUUUUGCAGUUUAUGAAAUAUAGGUUUUAUUGAAGUCACAUGUCAUGAUGUAUGCUUAAUAGAUGCUGUAAAAAGAUAGUGGAAGUAGUGUUUUUAAUAACUAGAUGUUCCUAUUGUGUUAAUAGAAGUGUUAGAAAUGAUCAUUUUCAAGUAAUUUGAUCAGAGGAGUACCCUGAGCACAAUAACCAUUGUAAAUCAUUGGUAUGAUGUAGUAGAUAUCAUCCCCUUCCCCUCCCCCCAUUUUAAUAAUGACAAAUCCUAUCUACCCUUUCAAUAAUUGAAAGCAGACACAGAAUUCUUAGCCCCAUUAAGACAAGCAAAUCUCCAAUUUCUGAACCAAAACAAAACUUUUAUAUCGUUCUCUGUGUUUGUUCUACUGUAAUUUAAGGGUUUCUGUAAAGUGGCUGUCACUUUUCACUAUUUUAUAAAGAUAUCUUUCUGAAAUACUGAUCAAGACUGUGUUGGAAUGUCACUGACAUUCCAACAUAUUUCAAAGAGAUCAUAAUAUGAAGUAGGACCUACUUUGUCUUACGAUAAAUCUGAGGUUGGCAAAAGGCAGAGCUCCGCUGUCAACUUUUGUCCAAUCAAAUAAGUAAUUGAAGACUAUGGCAUUCAGAUAUUGAUCUAUGGAGGCUCCCGCGGUCUCACAGGAUCUUCAGUAGACCUCAGUGCUGUACUUCAGUACUGAUGUAGUUUUUGACAAAUGAAGCAUCGGGAACUGUAGAGGACAGCAGGAAGAAGAUGGCGGCAGCUGUGAGCGGCAGCUUGAGGUAAGUAAAACUUACCUUCCCCUGAAUCCCGUGACCUCUGUACCCACACCGGAUCUGUCAUUUUCAGUGACCUUUGUGAAAUAUUCAAAGACCCCAGAAAGUUACAGAUCCAGUUUAACUGCAUCCAAAUGUAUAGUUUGUUAAAGGAUGGAAAUAGUUUUCCAUUAAUAUCCUAUAUGUUUAGCCAACACAACAGUAAAGGGACACUGCAGGCACCCAGACCACUUCUGCCCAAUGGAGUGGUCUGGGUGCCAACUCCCACCACACUUAACCCUGCAAGUGCAAUUAUUGCAGUUUUUAUAAACUGCAAUAAUUACCUUGCAGGGUUAAGUCAUCCUCUAGUGGCUGUCUAUCAGAUUGCCACUAAAGGGACUUCCGUGUUCUUAGUAUUUUAAAACGACGCUGGAUGUCCUCACGCUAUGCAUGAGGACCUCCAGCGUCGCCGGAAUCCCCAUAGGAAAGCAUUGAGUAAUGCGCGCCUGCACGCGGCCAUUGCCGCACAUGCGUGUUAGGUCUCCGCCGGCUGACGGCGGAGGAGGAGCGUGGACAGAGGACAUCGGCACUGGAUUCAGGUAAGUCACUGAAGGGGUUUUAACCCCUUAAGAAACAUGGGAUGGGGGGUGGGAUGGAGAGGGGUGCUGCAGUGCUAAGAAAACGGAUAAAAAUAAGGGGGGGGUUUAAUUUUCCACAGUUUUGCUUUUAAAUUUUUUUACACAUCAAGUGCAAUUAAUGAAAAGGAAAUUAAAAUAGAUUGACAUAUAUCAAUCCUGAUCGUUAAAUAACUUAUGUCUAAGAUCUAUAUUAACGUUUAAUAGUUAUUGCUAACUUUAUGCCACCAUUAACUUAAUGCUUACACUAACUCUAACAGUACACCUACCCUACUCUACUAAAACCCUUCAUUAUUCCUAACCCUAAAACCGCUUUAAUCUUAACCCAGCAUUAACAACUGGUAAAGCGCUGACCACUUUUGGCAGAGGGGCAUGCAGGGAAACCUGGUGGUCUUUCUAAGACUAAGGGCCAGCUAAGAAUCACCAAGUGCUCACUUUUGGUGAUUUGUCUGCAUUUAAAAGUCUGUAUGCAGCACUCAUUUUGAGCACUGCAUACAGCUCAUCAGUCAGUCUAAGGCUACUAAAUUUGGCCCCAGGAAUUGCUUUAACCAUGGUCACGCCAAAAUGAGUGGAUGUUCCAUGCCAUCCUAAUGGUGUUAAAGCCCACUAUUUUUAGGACAGCUUCGAACCACUUAAUAUCAUUAAGUGAUUAAAAGGUCACUCUCCACACCAUAAACACUACAUGCUGCUGUUAGGCUCAUCGUUCACUGGUUCUGGGUCAAAACUAAGGUCCAUUGCCAACGGAGAGGAUACUCUUCCACAUUACCAGUAUCAUUUUCAUCCAUAUUUGGACAGCAGUGAUAGACGGAGUAUGUCAGAUGAGUAAAUUAAAGUGAACCUGGCAUAUCACGUUAAACCCCAAGUGGUUCAGGUUCUUUGCAGACAUAAAGGAAUACAUGAUAGCACAUCAUUGAUUGAGAUACCUCUCUGGUCCUAGACAAUAUAUUUUCAUAUUACCAGGCACAACAGGCAAUUAUUUUCACUAGUCAGUGUUAAUCUUUUGUUCCGCGUUUUUAAACAUAUUAAAUUGCCAAGCUUGAAAUUCUAACUGUAGGCUUGGCUUUUACGGGAAUGGUUUUUCAGAAAACAAAACUACUAUGAAGUUAUACAUGUCCCAUUUACGUCUAAGGUCUGAUGUUUUGUUCUUUAGCUUCCAUAUGCAGUCUAGCUUAUAGAAAGAUAGCUUGUUAUUUAUGCAAUGUCAGAGGUGACAUCUGAUGAUUGGAAAGAAAACAAAAUGACACAGAUAUCGAGUUUCUUGUUUGCAGGUGCUUACAAUCUAGAGGAGAUGAGAUCUAUUUGUGGAGAAGGGGGUUGUGUUAAAUCAUUAUCAAGGUUCUUGCAGUAGAUAAGUUAUACCUGUGCCGAUUUUUCUUUUUUUAUCAUUUUUUUUUUUUUUGGUAUAAAAAUAAUCCCUAUUAUGAUGCAUUAAAAUUGCAAAAACAUAAAAAAAAAAAAAGAUACUUACUACCUAUCUUCCCAUCCUCAUCACUGUCUGGUUGGUUUGUCAGACCUUCCCACCCCAGAGGGUCAAUGCUAUACACACUUGCCCAGCAGAAAUGUGUGGGAUAAAUUGUAUUUCCCGAUAGCAGUUUCAGUCCUUACUGAAAGGAACUGUGUGGGCACCAUAAUAUUUUUAUGAAGUUGUUAUGGUGCUCUUAGGUCCCUGGCACUUUCUUAUCUGAAGAAUGUGAUGAAGGAAAUUAUGUAAUCAUAAGAUACCAAGUGUAAAACAAAAAGUUGCUAUUUUCCUGUGAACAAAUAAUUGUCUCAUUGAUGUAUAUCACCGUAAAAAUAAAAAAAUAGAAACCAUACUGUUAUCUGGGACAAAACGCCUUUAAUGUUUGUUGCCUGUAUGCUAGAUCACAAUGAAUAGAGAUAAUCUUCAAUGGCUCAAAGGAAACGGUACAUGGUAUCUCAAUGCGUUCCACCACCCAUUUAAAUUGUGGGUUUAACGUUCUUGUAGAGGAUUCAUCAAAAAGACUAGACCAGCAUAUAGUGCAGAUCAUGAAAUACCACGCAUUUUUUUAAAUAAACCCAGGUGCAUUUUUAAUAUCUGCCCAACUUGCUUUCUUGUUUGACGAAGUGUCUACUUUGAGCACAAAUCGAAAUCCCCUACUUCCUGUGUUUUGCAACAGUUCUAAAACUGUGAAAUUAGUCACUGCAGAUGUUUGUGAGCUAGAUUGGCUAAACAGCAGCAUGAGGAAUUUAGUUUGCAAACAUCAGCUGUGUAGUAUUUUCAUUUGCUAAAUUAUUUUAUUUCCUUCUGAAUUUUGAAGUAAAAAUGGCGAUUCCAGCCUUUUUGUCCAUGCAGUUUACCAAACAUGUUUUUAAUAUAUAUAUUUUCUUGUUUCUUUCCCCCCACUUCAGGUGCUGGAUGGUGCAAGUCUAGAUGUUGAUUUCACUCUCUUGUCUCCUUAUGGCGAUGUCCUCAUAUCUGAGGCGCGACAAUCUGACGGCGUCCACACGUAAGUAAUAUAGGUCGAAUUUGGGAAACGAAGGAGCUAGCACUCUUUUUAAAUGUAUUAUUAUUCCUACAGAGUGGAGACGGUGGAUGGAGAUUACCAAUUCUGUUUUGACAAUACAUUCAGCCGUAUGUAUGAGAAGGUGAUCUUCUUUGAACUCAUCUUGGAUCACAUUAAUGAAGAGGGAACUGAUCAAGAAGACUGGAAAAAUUAUAUUAUUGGGACAGAUUUGCUGGACAUGAAGCUAGAGGACAUAUUGGUAAUGUUGAUACUUUUUAUAGUAUUGUAAUGUUGGGAAAUAACAUGUCAAAUGAGUGCUUACUUUAAGAAGUUCCAAUUCUUUUCUGUCAGUCUUGAUAACCAUAUAGUAUUCACUCUAGGUAUCACUUUUCCUCUCAUUUAGUCCCUGCUCCGGUUUCAGCCACAUUCUAUUAUACUAGAGCCAUUAGGAAGGGAAAACAUACCAUUUGCAUAGCAUAUUGAUCCCACCAACAAGUGCUGUCCAAACCUGAUUUGCUGACAGGCCCAUCUGCACAAGAAAUGCAGCAUUUCCAAUCAUCUUAUGUGACUGGAAAAUCUAGUGUAUGUAUAAAUAAUAAAAAUUGGCAUUUUUUUUAACUUCAUUGUUUACAGUUAAUAACCAUUUUGUUCUCCUCUGUUUAUGAUGCUUGUAGUUUGCUACUGAAAUUGCAAUUAGAUCUUUGCUUGUACGGACACUAUAGGCACCCAGACCACUUCAUCUCAUUGUGCAAUGUUGCUGUCCCCCUUAGUCCUGCAAUGUUCCCUAACUGAUGCUGGAUGUCCUCACGCUCUGCAUGAGGCAUCCAGCGUUUAUAAAAUCCCCAUAUGCAAUCAUUGAGGGCCUAGUGCGCUUGCCGCCCAUGCACAUUAGGUCUACCCGUUGGAUGACCAUCUGCUCACCCCAAAACGUUCUCCACCUUUCUUGAAUUGUCCUGUAUCCUUCAGAGUUUCUAAAGGCUUGUGUCAUAAAAGGAAAAACCACCCAGUUCUUGAUUUAUAUGAGAUUACUAGGAGUUACACUCUGAAGAAGCAUAUCCUGCUAUUUUAAUUGCAACAGCUGAAAUAGCAGCAAUCCAAGCAUGGACUCUACCUCCCACAUCUAUUUUCCUGCCCUUACAUUAAAGUCCUCACUUUAACCUCUACAUUACACUGUCAACAUUAAUCCCCAAACUACAUUGCACUUACACUAACCCUCAACCACUACUCUAACCCUAACCUAAAAAUAUAAUUCAAUAUAAAAGAUCUCUAAUGGAAACCCAUAUAUUACAGGUAAACUAAUCUACCUUUAAUCUUGUGGUUUAUUAUCUUGUCUCCAGAACCAAAAAAAUUAAAUUUUCUGAUGAUACACGAUUUUAUUGUCUUUCUGUUUAUAGAACUCCAGCUUGGAGUGUCAAAUUUUAACUGUUUUGCUAUCUCACAUGUUUGGCAGUACACAUUAAAAGCACCUGUAGGGUCUCUGGCCCCUCCUCUACUCCCCUUAAAUAAUAAAACAAAUUACGUUAUAUUCAGCGCUGCACGGGUCUGCCUAUGCUGGCCCCACUGUCGUAUCGCCUCCUUAGCUGUGAUCAUCCAAUUUGAAUCCAUGCAUCUGAAUGGCCGCAAUUCCUAUGGACCACAAGGUGGCGGCCAUCUUGUUCGCAUGAAAGCAGGCUGCGGUGUUUGGGGUUCCCAAAAGCUAAAUCCCAAGAUGUUUUGCAUUGGCAAAGCAUCAUGGAAGUUGUAGUUCUACAACAUCUAGGGAUCUACUUAGUGGACACUCCUGGUCUAGGGUACCUUUUUCUGUGCAGGUGAAAUUUGAUAGUCAAUAGGGCUGCCAGCUACAUAGCUACGUACCUGCACAAGGCAAUUCUAAAAUAAUCACAUGAAAUAAGAUUACAGCUUUUAUGUCUCCUUAAAGCUUUCUGCCUGGAAACCAUAUUUAAAACAGAAACAAUGAUUUUUAUUUUUUUUCCUCCAUUAAUUUAUUAUUCAUACAGAUUUAACAUUAAUCCAAGUAGUAGUUUUGGCAUUAUCUUUUGAUUUCACAAAUCAGUAACAGGGUUGUUCUAAUAGAUAGUUUUGUAAAAUAGAUUGCCAGUAGUCCAAUAGUAUUGUACUAGCUGAUAUUUGUACUUUUUUUUUUUUUUUAGGAAACCAUUAAUAGCGUUAAAGGAAGAUUAACCAAAAGUGUUCAGCUUCAAACACUGCUGAAGGCCUUUGAGGCACGAGAUCGUAACAUUCAAGAGAACAACUAUGACAGGGUCAACUUUUGGUCUGUAGUCAACUUAGUAGUGAUGGUCACGGUGUCUGUUAUCCAAGUCUACAUGCUACGAAAUCUGUUUGAAGACAAGAGGAAAAGUAGACCGUAACAAAGUUUCAUAUCAAGCAAAUUAGCACUGGGAAAAAUAAACUGUUAAUUAAAGCUUUUUGCUUUCAUUAACUUUUCUUUUUAAUCAAUGAGAGCAGGUUACAAAGAUGUUUUGGUGUUUUUUUUUUUUUCUUUCCAUUUUUUUUUUAACUUUAACUGUGAAUUUACACAUCAUUUUGCCUCUGUGGAAGGAUUACUUACAUUGUGAUGAAAAUUUGCUGGAGACACUGGAGUAAAGUGCAAUUAAAAGGCGUUUACCAACAGCUGACUGUUAAAAGAACAUUUUCAUUUUUCUCUUGGCAGAAAUAAAAUGUUAAAUCUUCCAGUUUCCUUAAUACAAUUUAGUGUUAUUUAUGGCUCUAAAAGAAUUUUAUAUUGCUGUUUAGAUCUAAGCAUAUAAGGGUUUCUUUACUAAAUGUAGAAUUGCUGAAAACUGUACUUUGUGUUUGUACAUUGUGCAUUUCAAAGUUUAACUCACAAUUGCUUUUGUGAACAAACCCCAGAGAGUCUCAAACUUUUGAUUGGCCAUUUUCAUUUACAGUUAACCAAGUUAUGUCUUCUUCCAUUUUACUGGUAUCUGAAAAUAAAAAAGUGACAUUUUCUAGAUUCCUAUCACUUUUAUAAAAGGGAUUUACAAAUGCCAGAAUGGCUAAAAUGAUGUUGUGGAGUUGUUAAGUAAAACUGUGAAAUCUAACUAGUUUUGUAUUGCUAUAAAAUAUGAUCCACUUGGUUUUCACUGAAUGAAUCCUGUUACUCUGCUGUUUUACACUGAAUUCAUAUCUUGCAUCAAAAUAUUUACAGGUUCUUUUGAUCUGCACAAAUUGGUUUAAUUGAAGCUUUGUAUUGUUUUCAAUGUAUGAAGAAAGUGGUCUGCUUUUUGCAUUACAAUAAGCAUUUGUGUCACGCUAUAUAUAUACACACAUACAAACACAGCAAUAAUGGGGCAUAGUGUAACAACUGGAAUAAUCCAUAUAGUAACCAAUUAAGUGUACACUUAAUGGCUCAACAUUGAGAAUACUGGCUCUUAAUCCUAAAAUCAGAACCCAAACUUAGGUCCCCAUUAAUGUAUAUAAAUAAGCAUAUGACAUGAUAGCCCCCUGAUAAAUUAUGUGUUAGUGGUACUGCCUUUAUACUUAUAUUAGAAACCUGUAUUUGUAUCCAAUGUUAGCACAUUUGCAGAAUAGAAGAAACAUGAAAUUGACAUGUUAAACAAUGUCAGUCGUUUCAACCUUUUUGUAUACAGAAGAACUGGAGAAUAGACACCAUUGGGGUGGGGUAUGCAAAAAGAAUAACCCUGAGAGUGACAGGGGGAAGAGGGAAAUAGAGGGAAGUGAGAGGACUAUGAGGAACCCCAAUGUGCACGGGAAGAAUUAAGUGCCAGCAUACACAAAAAAUGUGAUCAGGACACUGUUCAGGUCUGCGCACAUUGCAGCACUAAAAGGUACUUCUGCUAAGUCAAGGACUCCCACCGCAUAUUUCCACAACCCUCAUUAUCCACUAAUAAAAGGUUCUGUACCAAUUUCCAGUACCACCACCAUAUGUGCAGACUGGUUCCAUCCCCUUCCCCCAAAUUGCAAGCAUUCUGGAGGUAGCCCCUCAAAGAUCCGGUGUAACAACUCAAUGGUUCUAGCAGCUUAUAAUAGGCUCUUAAAAUUUAGAGAUCGAAUCCUGGUGUGUGAGCAUGUAUAUUUAGGAAUUUUUUUUUUUUUUUCUUUUUCAAUCACAGAAAUUAAAAUGGACAAAACAGACUAGUGUAAAACAUGGAACAUGUAUCCAUGGGUGUGGAUAGGACAAGCCUCUUAGAUAACAAGCAUGCAUAUUUAUAGAGAAUAUGUGUACCUACAAAAAGAAGAAAUAUGGUCAGUUGCUGACAACUUGUAUACUUGGCAUUGGCAGUAAUAUUCCCCCUACACAACAUUCACAUGGUACCCUGUCUGCAAAGUGAAUUACUACGUUAUAUGUAUCGGUCAUGGCCAGUCACAUACUGAUUUCUCAGGAACAUUCAUGAGGUAUGAGAUUAACACUGAUGUCCCAGAGAAGCAGAAUGGAUAUAAUCUAGAAUGGCAGGAGUGAGGCCGUGCCAUGAAAGCUAGGACACUUGGGAGGUAUCAGUGUUUAGGCAUUUUGCGUCUAAAAUUCUGUAAUGUGGCCCAUCACUAUUCUCAGCACCAGGACUAUUAUGGUGGCUUUAGCAAACUGACAAUAUGUACAGGUUCCACAAGGCAUAAGUGGAUCAGGGCAUUUACAUUUCUGCAAUAGAUAUUCCUCUGGUAGAUGGUUUGUUUUCAUUGCUAUAUUGCAAUUUGUUUUAUACUAACAUUUAUGUUAAUAUUCUAAGGAGGAUGGUAACAUUUUACACAUGGUAAAUAUUACCUUAUGAUUUUAUUACAAUAACGUUUAAUGCAAUAUUCCAACACCUCUGACACUGAAACACAUUGGAAAUCUUUUCAAAAAUCAAUUUUUUUAUGGUUUCUAAUAAACCCAUUUUGAGCACUUCUGUUGUUCUAGCUUAAUGUGAUCUGCUUGAGUAAAAUGCACUUGGUACAGCCACAGACAGGAUUGCACAUAAAAUGCAGGAAGCCUCAUGAUAGGGGAAGAGUGCAAACACUGAAAAUUUACACUAAAUGACCAAUUUGGCUGCAUGCACUCCUCCACGGGAUGGACUGACUCGUAUUCUGUACAUAUUAAACUAGUAUUAGAUAACAUUUACUUUAUUAUGGGAUGGGGUUUUCAGUCUUUCAUUCCAUUAAAGGAAUACUUUCAGCACCAACCCAACUUGAUUGCAUUUGUUUUGGCCAUAUGUUCAUGCUCUUUAUCAAUGUGAAAUCGUUUGUGUUUUGGAGCAUUGUGCAGCAUAACUCCACCCCUUAGCCACUCAUUCUUUUCACAAAAUGACAUAUUGGUUGCAAUGUAUACAGUGUAUUUUAACCCUUUGCCACACGGGAAAGGAGAGUCUGGACGAAGACAGCACUUUUAUAUUUCUUACACUUUAGAUGCCAUUUAAGUUAGGAAGAUUUUCAGAGCGGACUAUUCUGGUCUAAAAUUAAAAUUUUUCCAGUUCAAUAAAUAAAAUCAUGAUUAUCUGAAUUUAACCAUUUGUAAAAUAAUGCAAUAAGUUUUUAAAAAUGAUAAAACUUCAGAUGUGCUAAUCUAAUGCACUUUAAUGAAAGUUUGGAAUACGGAAAUGGUCAAGCUGUAAUUACAGUGUAGCAGUUUACUUUAGCUUAAAUAUGAGUCAACAAUAGUCACAUAAAUCAGUGGAAUUUGUCAUUCUAAAAGAAAAAUCACAUUUAAAAAUUAGACAUUAGGCAUGUACUGUACACAAUUUUUACAAAUGCAUGUUAUAUAGAAAUUAUUUUACAAAAAUGAAAAUUUAUUUCCAUCAUUAGCAAAAGAAACAAAGAUUUCGUGUUAUACUCUUUCAGACAGGACUAGAUACAAUGGGCCACUAGCUGUUGGACUACAACUUCCAUUUCCCGCUGGAAAAUAUUUGUGUGAACCUGCAAAAAUAAAAAAUGGAAACAUUGACAAAAUUUGCAAUUUAUUUACAGGCAAAAAAAAAAAAAUGGCUUAACUGAAUAUAAGUGAUACAAGUAAAUACUUGAACAGUCUGUAGAUAAACUGUUGGCAGCACUGUGACUGGGACCAAUUUGUAUGUGUGAAUGUAUGAUGCUACAAGCUGCUCAAAAACCACUAGAAGAUGGGAAUGGGGAAGAGACAGAAGACCUCUCAGAGGUCGUACACAGGAGGAAUAUGCUUAAUUUGCUACAACAUUCACAUUACAAACGAGGGGGAAAUAUACUCACUACGUUGCAGCAGUAAAACAGCUGGAGGCCCACGUUACAAAUAUUUUAAUGUAGGUUCUCAGCAGUAAAGCACUCAUGUACAUAUCACACACAAAACUACUAACCCUUUGACUGCCAUAGGGUGUGAGCAACACCAAUAGUAAAUUCUUCUUUAGCAAUCCAAGUGUUAUGGGAAUUAAUUUAUACAAGGGGGAGAGAGAAUCACAUCAACUCUUUCUAAGCUAGGACAGAAAAACAAACAUUUCAUUUGCCUGAUUACAACACCCGCCGACUGGCUAGGCAUUUGUCCUGCUUUUGGGCAAAUGCACCUAAAAAGCCUGAGGAAGAAUGUUGUUGUGUAAAUACUGCAGCUGUUCCUGAAGUAAUUUUUGUAUUUGUACUUUUAACUGUUCAGUCGUCUAGUUAACGUAUUAAAAAGUAAAUUAUUGCAUAGAUCACAUUUUAAACUAGACUUAUCACCACCUACUUACAAAAGGAAAUUUACAAAAUUAAUAAAAAUUCUUAAAUACAUUCUUUAAAGCAACAGUGACUGACAGUAUCUAGAAUGUAAAAGAAUAGUGCGACGGGAUCUACCAUGCACUGUCUUUUGGAGAGACUUUAAGACCAGCCUCCUGUCCCCAAAACUAUGGACCCAAGAACUCCUGAAAGCGGCUAUUGUCACUGUAGGGCGGUGUAUGGGGCCCCCUGGACUCUUACUGUGAUUCCCAGCUGGACUUGAGGUCCACUGGGGAUCACCUGGACUCGCGUUACCCCCUGACCAGGAGAUGCUGCAUCAUAGGAUAGCUGCGACCGGGUAAAUCCUUAACACGCUGUAACUCAGGUGUGGAUUCUCCUAUCAGGAAACAAUUUUGACAGCAAGGUCGCUCGGUGACUAGCCUUCUAGGGUAUAUAGUGUGUGAGGGGUAUGGUCCAGGAAAAGAGGGUUCUGGCUGACAUCUUGUGUGCGAUGCCUGUCAGACUGUGAGGGCACCACAGGGAGCGGCUUUUAUUAGCUGGGGAUAAUGAAAUUAAGUCCCCAGACAGAGUGGCGCCAGGGAAGGACAUUUGUACUGUACAUUGCUUUGUGUGGAAGACACCCUGCAGGGAGAGUCAAUAUUGCUGUCUAUAAAUAGUAGUGGGCUGUGCAAUAAAGAUCAUUCUACCCCCUGCAUUUAGACUCAUCUAAUCUGUAGGGGAAAGCUAUAGCCUCUGCUUUACAGAAGAGAAGUUCUCCUGACCUGAACUAUAAUCACUGCAGCUUGGUCUGGUGGAAAAAGGUCCCAAGAGACCCCAAUCAAGCAACUGGGUCUGAAGUGCUCCAGAGUAGCUGGUAGCAGAUAGAAGGAUAACCUGACAGAAGUACGCUGUCAGAGUACAGAGCUCCGUCCCAAAUAGGUCAGAUCACGGUAAGAAACUGGUAGUCAAACAGUUUUUAUAAUGAAGGCUUUAAAGUCAACCCCCCCCAACUCCCCACCGCCCUACCCCUCCAAUUCAAUUACAGAAAAUAAAUCUACUAUGAUCUACUAUGUUGAAAUUUGAGUUUUUCUAGAAAGCAUUAUUUUUCUGGUAUUUGUAUUAAGCAGACCAAAAACAGAUUAUUAAAACAUAAUACAAGUCAACCAAAUAAGGAAUUUGAUUCAGAUUUUACUCCACUCAGCCAUAUUCGUGCAGUAUAGUAGUCAGCAAAGCAUUGCAAGCUGUCUUAAUAGAACACUCCAUGCAUAAGAACUUAAUUGGAAUAAAGUGGCUCUAGUGCCAGGAGGUUCCUAUCAGCAUCUUGCCUUUGUGGUUAAACGGUUUGUGACGGGUUUAUCCCCCAAAGUCUUUAAGCCAGAGAAGCCUCAGACACUACCAGCUCACAGAGUCAGCUGAUGUUCUAAGUCAAUCAUUAGCUCCUCGUUCACAAAGAUACAUAUUUCUCUCCUCAUAAACAGUUUAACACCUAAAGGAAAGUCGAACCAGGGACCUCCUGACACUAUGGUAACGUAACGCAGGUUAAGUUGUUAUGGGGCCCAGAGUGUUCUUUUAAGCAUGAUGUCAAUAUUCUUGAGCACCUACUAAAUAAAUGUGGCAGCUAUAAGGAAAACUACAAUCUGAAUGCAUAUAAUUGGCAUAGCAGGACAUUUAGCAGAAUGUAUAUGGGGAGAAGGUGAUGCAAAGUGGGACUUUCUCACACUACAGACUUCCCUUCAGGAAUGCUAGGUUUGCAAGCUUUGCAUACAUUUUAUUUAUUGAUUUUUACACACUACCCAUUUAUAAAAAGUUCCCCUGGUAUCAUUCAUAAAGCUUUAAGUUGCUGGUAAGAUAUAUGAAUGUUAUAUAUACAUAAAAACGUGGAAUAACUAAAUAUCCCACAGCCACCUGUUUUGUACUCUCUUAUAUACACACACACACACACACACGAGUACAAUGAGGACUAUGGUUUGCACAAUACUACAAACGGAAAUUGACUUCCAGCAUAUCAGGGGAAAGUGGAGCUGUUAAAGGAAUAUUCCACUGCGCAAAUAAAGAAAAAUAAAGGAAUAUUUAGUGCUUCCAAAGGAAACCUGAUUUUAUUCAUAGUGGCACUCCGCCCAUCUCCACCCGCAAAAUUAGUUUUUCAGAAAAAUAAAAUCCUUAAGAAAUACUCAAAAUGACUGUUUUGGAAUUUCACAAACAUUCCAACCCAGUUAGAAAAUAUACUGAGACAAAGUAGGGUCUACAUUGUCUCCAUAUUUAUCCUACGCCUGACACUUUUAGACACUGGGCAUAGCCAUUUCCUUCUGUAAGUGUCAAUCCCCCAGCCGUCACCAAUGAGGACUAGAGGGAAUUGACUGUCUAUGGAGGAUUCCAUGGGACCCUUCCUAGACCUCAAUGCUGUACUCUUGCAAAUGCACGAGGGUACAGCAAUGUCUACCCCUGGCAGGAGAAGAUGGCGGCAGUGCAAAGGAACGUUUAAGUAAGUUAAACGCACCUUUGCCCACCCCACCGGCGAUGUCCCUAGAUGGUGACAGUGUUGCCUUAAUUAUGGACUUUUCACUUUUUUUCCCAUUGGGUGCAUAUGUAAAACAAAAGGCAAAGUCUUUGAAAGCCCAUGGCUUUUUACCCAGCCCAGACUUUUUGACUGUUCAAUCAAAGACUUUCCACGACAGCUCAUUGAGAGAUCUUUACAAGGCCGGUGCUCCAGGCAAUCGUCUCACUUUAAACUUUUGUGCCAUUGGGCUAAACAACCAGAAAGUAACAGGACUAGUUAUCUGACAGCUGAGUGGUGGAACAAGGUCCUAAUUGAAAUCUGCACUUUUUUUAAAAUAAAUAAAAAGGAAACACUCUUCACACAGAAAGCUAAAGUGCUUUAGGGAUUUGCAGUGUUCCUUUGAGGAAGAAAUAAAGGCUAGUUGACCUGCCCCCACCUUCAUUUAUCCCACUGCAUCUUUUUUGCAAGCACCUACCCAAGGUAAUUGUGUAGAGACUUACAAAGCUUCAGGCACACUUCAAGCUGCAUCCACAAAAAAAAUUACCUAUAAAGGUGGUUUAUAAGAUUAGUAGUAAUUGGGUUCUUUCACAAAAGAGCGAGUUCUGGAGGCUUGAAAAAUGUACACUUAAAUAGCCAAGUUGGAUAAAAUUUCCAACAGAGAACAGUUGGACAUUAUUACUUCUAUAAAUUAUAUGGCAUGGUUCUAAAUGGACCACAACUUGCUCUUUAGUGAAUAGAACAGCGUAAUCCUACAAUACAGAAUAAAAAAAUAAAAUAAAAUAUCACUAAUUAAUGCUACAUCAAAACGGUUAACCCUAGUACUUAAUGGACAAAUGCUGAAAAUGUUAGGGAGCUUAAUUCCAAGAAUGAAAAACAUAGUAUGAGGGCCGAGUGUUGCAUUAAAUGGUCAAAAAUACCACAUCUGUUUGCCCUAAAAUAUUCCUUUAGUUUGUUAUGCAAAUAUUACCCAAUAAGAAACCGGAGCGCAAUAGCAGUUUGUGUGCCCAUUUUGACUGAUGUGGACACAUAGUACAUGUCUGGUUUGUAGUCUUAAUUUCUCAUAAUAAAAAUAGAACAGGGUUUAUAUAUUUGCACACUGUAUUGUACACAAUUUUGUAUGUGCAGUUCUGAGAAGGAAGGGGGAAGCUAGUGUCUACUAGAUGCUUUCAAAAUCUUCUUGAGCAAAUUUUCUACACCAGAAAGUCAUAUGUGCAAAAGCAAUGUCUUCCAUGUACAGAUAAAAACAGCAAUAUGCUCCACAACACCUUCAGUUGCGUCUAGUUAUUCAAAUGAUUCACAAGUAUCUAUACAUUGAACAUGAUUUUAAAAGGAAUAUUCACUUAACAUCCGUGUGUCCUUUAAAAUCCCAGAGUGGCAAAUCCCUAGUUUACAUUUUUUGGCAGCUGGGAGCAUCAUACCAACUGCACAUCUUUGAAUCACUAAGUCUAGUGAAAUAUUCCAAACUACAAAGCAUUAUUGUUCAAAAACCAAUGGCACUGUGGCGUUAAGACACUUUAAACAUUUACCUCUUGAGUGGCAAAAGGGUACAAAAUACACAUCUGGCUUUUAAAAGGUUAAACCCUGUUUUGUGCUAGAGGUGCCUGCAGGUCACUGCUUACACCACUUUGCAGGGCAGUCUCACAACAAAAGGAGCUAACCAGUAUUUAAUUAACAUGGAAUCCGCAUUACAUGAAGAACACAUUAGCAAAAGGUUUGAUUAGAAAAUACUGUAAACUGCACCACAUUCUGUGCAUUGUUGCAGAUAUUUGGUUAAAAGCAAAGUUCCCUCUGGUAAACAGUGUCACAAUUCCUUAAACUAUUUGUCACAAGGUCAAACUAACAUUCCAUCCAAUCACUGUUGCAAGCAUUUAAGACAGACAUGUGUCUAUAUCAAGCUACUCAUCUGCAGCCAGGCGUUACAAUGUAUUGCAGGCACUUUGGUUGGAAAAGGAUGGACAGCAAUAUAAUAAGUUAAUUAUCUCUUCUCCUCAAGGAACCUGAAGUGGAAUAGGAAACUGUUCAGCGGUCAGGAGGCUGUUGCUCCAUCCCAUUCUACAAGGUACUGCACCUUUCCGUCAAGUGUUACUCGACGUGCAAGUAUGCGGUAUUUUUCACCGCAUGCUAUUCUGCCUGCAGCACCAAAAUAACUAGUAAUGGAACUCUUCAGAUGAUGCAUCUGUAAAUCCUGGUCGGUUAAGUUUUUGACAAUAUCUGUAUUGAGUCCCGAAAGAUGAGAGUCCUCUUUUCUUUCAUCAAUGUUUGUCAUGUCUGAAUUGUGAACUUGAAGGGCUUUACGUGGAUGGCGUCCUCGUUUCUUCGGUGGUGGAAAGGAGGCCGACCAGGACCUCCCUGUUCGUGUCACUCUCCUUAAGUCUG